AUGCGUGACUACUUCAAGUUCGAUGUGAAUUUUGUCAUGAAUAUCACGGACGUGGAUGACAAGAUUAUCCUUAGAGCCCGACAGCAACACUUGUUCACGGAGUUCACCUCUGAGCACCCUACAAUCGGUGCCGACGUGUUGGACAUUGCUAAGAAAGCAUAUACCGCAUACCUCAAGAAGAACCUGACAUUGCUGAGCCCAGAUCUGCCUGCGUCUCAAUAUAAGGGUGAAGUAGAAAAGACCUACGCCACUGUGCUAAAUGGAGGGCCCUUGCCGGGCAAUGAGAAGGCCGGUGACGAUGAAGCGAAGGUCAAAAUGCACAUCAAGACUGUUGCAUCGGCAGCAAAGGUGAUUGCGGAGGCGGAACGCUCGGGCGAGCAGCCUACGGGCUUCGCGGAGAAGUUCUACACGGAAGCUCAAGAUCUCCUUUUACCGUACCUAGACACAUUGAAAGGGGCAUCGAUCAAUGCAGACGACCAUGGCAUAUUCACCAAGUUAACUAAGAGAUAUGAAGAGCGGUUCAUGAAGGAUAUGCGGGAUCUGAACGUCCUUGAUCCCACCGAAAUUACUCGAGUCACUGAGUAUGGUGCAGAGAUUGCUGAUUUCGUGGAGAAAAUCGUGCAGAAUAACUUUGGCUACGUUACGGACGAUGGCUCUGUCUACUUUGAUAUUAACGCUUUCGAGGCGGCUGGCCACCCGUACGCCCGGCUGGAACCCUGGAACCGUUCGGAUAGCAAGCUGUUGGCUGAAGGAGAAGGCUCGUUGACAAAGAAAGCAACAGAUAAACGAUCUGCGUCUGAUUUCGCCCUUUGGAAGGCUUCGAAGCCUGGUGAGCCCAGCUGGGCAAGCUCCUGGGGUCGGGGAAGACCCGGAUGGCAUAUUGAAUGCUCUGCCAUGGCUUCCGCACGAUUGGGCAAGCAGAUGGACAUCCAUUCGGGUGGUGUCGACCUUGCGUUCCCUCACCAUGACAACGAACUUGCGCAAAGCGAGGCUUACUGGGCAGACAGCCAUAGCCACUCACACGACGACCAAUGGGUUAACUAUUUCUUCCACAUGGGACACCUGUCUAUCCAAGGAUCUAAGAUGUCUAAAUCUCUUAAGAAUUUCACUACCAUCCGUGAGGCUUUAGAAAGGAAGGAGUGGACCCCACGGAGCUUGAGAAUCGUGUUCCUACUGGGCGGCUGGAAGGAUGGCGUUGAAAUCACCGAUGACCUUGUCAGCGCAGGUGGUUCAUGGGAGGAGAAGGUGAACAAUUUCUUCAUCAAGGUUAAAGACCCUGCUGCCCUGCAAGGUUCCGGCGCGGAUGAUACUCUCGCCACUGCUUUGGCAGAUGCCCAAAAGGCUGUCUAUGAGCACCUGUGCGACUCGUUCAACACCCCGGGAGCCAUGUAUGCCAUCUCCGAGCUUAUCACGAAAUACAACAGCACCGACAAGUCGACUGUGAACCCCAAGGAUGUUGAGUCUGUGGCCCGGUGGAUAACCUCCAUGGUCAAUAUUUUCGGCCUUAACGGCAACGCUGCUGCCGACAGCCAAGAGAUUGGAUGGUCUGGCAUUGACGUCCCGGAAGAGGCCAAGCCUUUCCUUCACCCACUGUCCUCCAUGCGUGACACUCUGCGACAAGCCGCACGGGCGAAGGAAGGAAUUAACGCCAAGACCAUUGCUGAGAUCGUCGAGCGUGAAGCUCUUCCUGAGGAAGAAGUUACAGAGUCUACGAAACCAUAUGCUGAUGUCUUGAGCAAUUUCCGCAACAAACUGUCGUCACUUGAGGAAUCGAGUAACAUUAGCAAGGAGGUUUUGGCACUCUGCGAUCGUGUUCGCGAUAUCGAUUUGUUCGAAGUCGGUGUGUAUCUUGAAGACCGAGACAACUUGCCCGCACUCGUUCGCCCGGUGACUCGCGAGUUGAUCCAAGCUCGGGAAGAGAAGGCCAAGCGGGCGCAGCAAAAGCAGCUCGAAAAGGAGAAGAAGGAAAAGGAGGCUUUGGAAAGGCUGCAGAAGGGCAAGCUCAGCCACCUGGAGAUGUUCCGGACAAACGAGUAUAGUGCGUGGGAUGACGAGGGUCUCCCCACUCGCGAUGCGGCCGGCGAGGAGAUCGCUAAGAGCCGGGCUAAGAAGCUUCGGAAAGACUGGGAGAGACAGAAGAAGCUGCACGAGCAGUGGCUGGCUAGCCAAAUGGGAGCAAAAUAA